AUGGGACCGCUCAACUGGAGUGAUACCACGCCCUCACAGAAAACCGGCGUGGAACAACCACAAUGUUGUGUUUUGCCGUGGACUGUGAGUGAACAAAAUGUCACUAAACGUGAAGCGAACUUAGGGGAUCUAUUCCCAGACUGGGUACCUUUCAAAAAUAAGCACGGUGAAGAACUUGGAGAGUUCGUCCAGGUUGCCCGUAAACCUAAGAAGCGGUUGGCACCACCUGUUAAUUUCGUGCUUAGAGCUGUGGCCGAUUCUGAAAGCGAUGACUAUUUUGAAAAAGGCCAAGGUGAGGGCGACAGUGACGAUUACUACGAAAAGAAGGAUUGGUCUGACAUUAAUAGAUCAGCGCCCUCCCACGAUCCAAGUAAAGCAUUAAAUCAUACCGAAAUCUCUGAAAUAGACGGUGUCGUGAACAUAAUUACCAAAAAACCAACAAAUCCUGUCGUAGAAGCUCUACAGAAAGCAAAACAGAAAGGUAUCUCAGAGUUAAAAGAGAAAGAAGAAAAUAAAUCUUUUGAAAUAAGGGAUAGUGUUGAAGAAACUAAAACACCCAGUGGUAAAAAGAAAGCAAGAAAUUAUGAAGACGAUAUUGAUUAUGAAGAAAGCAAUACGGAAAAAAGGAAACUAGAGUCAGUAGAAGAAGAUCAAAAUGACAAUUACGCUAAGAAAGCUAUUUUAGAUACUGUAGACGAGUUAAAAUUACGCCACGCAAAAGAACAAGUGGCAAUAGCAGAAAAAGAUAAAGAAGAAGAAAUUUACAAAGAAGAACUCGAAAGACAAAAGAUUCAGGCGCAGCUUUCUCCUGUUGAAAAUGACAAAUAUGAUGAUAGGUACAGACCUGUAGCGAAGAAGAAGUAUCCAGACUACGAUGAAUAUGAAGAAAAAUAUGUAUCGCUUGAUGAAAAGUACAAAGUUAGCCCCGAAAGAACAAAACCAACGACAACACGACUCCCGAAACGAACGAGCAAAGUUAAAGAAAAGAAAGACAAGAAGAUCGAGACUGGCAAACUGUCUGUGUUCAAGAAUCCUCAACUGUACAUAGUGUAUGAUGAUGAUAGUGAGGAAACAACGACUAUAAAGCCAAAACCCAAACAAUCAAACAAAGGAAAGUCGUAUAAACCAGAAAGAUUCUCAGCAAAAUACUCUGGAACUCCUGGUUUAAUAGAUGUAGCUGAAAGUAAUGAAAGGAUAUCGUUAGUGCCAGAUGAAAGUGAGGGAAAAGAAGGUGAACCAACGCUUUUCUUCCCCAAACGAAGGAAGAACAAAAAGCGUAAGAAGCCCGCACCUGUUCUUCCUGACACCACUUCUGUUGCAACUACUGAACAAGAUACUAAACAAGUGAACAUUACAACAAAGGCCCCAGUAUUUGACAAUGUCUCUAAUGAAACGACGGCUUCUGACAACACAAGUGCUGAAGUCACAGGCUCUGAUACCACUGGUUCAGAUUCUAAAAUAAUUGAUACCACUGUUCAGACUGGGCCUUCAGGUACCGAUGCAGUAUCUACGAAUACUGACGCAGUCACUGAUGCUAUACCGGCUUCAACUCACCACCACAAGGAACCAGAGAAGAAAGAAGAAAAUUACCAUCGAGAGAAGGGUGGUGGCAGGGAACACCAUUCCGAACACGAGGAGGAACAUAGCGAGGAGGGCAAAAAGGCCUAUGAGGUGAAGACUUGGACUGAAAGGAAAAAGCUAUUUCAUUCCAAAUGGAAAGCGCAGAAACCAAAGCCCUGGUACUAUAUUUAUAUGGACGGUUUCCACAAAGAAACAAAGUCAGCGAAAGGAUAUCAUGACAGGGAGAAUCACUUGGGAAAGUAUGACGACCACGGAGGUAUCAAAAAACACCACGAGGAGGAAUCAGGGCAUUACGGAGACCACCACCAUGAGGAACAUGGCAAAAAGCACGCGAAGUACGAAGAAUCGGGGAAACAUUCGAAAGGGCACAGCACGAAAGGCAGCCACGACAUCCACAAAAAAGAAGAGUACGAGAAAAAGGUGGAAUUUUUCGAAGAAGAAGGUGACUCCGCCGAGGAGGAGAAACAUGGCGGCUUCAACGAAGAACAUGGCCAUUCAAAGGGCGGGCAUUUCAAGAACUCCAACUACAAGGCGGGCCACGAGGAGCACAAAAAGGGGGACUCCGGUCAAUUCGCGAAGGGAGGUCAUUUGCACGUGUCCAAGGGACACAAGUCUGCAGCCGGUCACGACACGCAUUCUAAACAAGCCAGUGCCCAUUUUGCAAAAGAUGGAAAAGACGGGGGCAAGAAAUGGAUCUAUCAUCACGGUUAUCCGCCCAAAACUGCAAAUUUGGUCCUAAUUGACAGAAGAACGGACCAAAUGUACCAUGGGCCACAGUAUUAUGGAUAG